AUGUCGGAAGAUCUCCAUACAAAUAUCGAGAACUACAAGCUUCAGCUACAGCAGGUCGAAGCGGCAUUAGUCGCCGAAAGUGAAAAUGAAGAGCUGAAGAAACUGAAGGCUGAUUUGGAAGAGGUGAUAAAAAUCACACAGGAACUUCUGCAGUCGUCUGCCGAUGGCACGCCGGUGGCGAACGGUAACGAUCCUCCUAUUGACGACCCGAAACCGGUCAAAGAGUGGAAGGUUGGGGACCGGUGCAUGGCGGUGUGGUCGAAAAAUAAUCAACUAUAUGAAGCCGUUAUCGACGGCAUUUCGGAGGGAAAGGCUGCCGUCACUUUUGUCGGCUAUAACGUGACCGAAAUCAACAAACUCUACCAGCUGAGAAUUUGCGAACAAACUCAGCCUAAAAAGUAUCUUUGGGAUACAAAACCAAAAGCGAAGUCUCAGUGGCAAGUAGAAAAAGAACGGCGUAGGAAAAAGGCUCUAAAAAAAUUCCAGCGUCUUAAACAAAUCGAAGAAGACAAAGAAGCUGAAAAGAACAAAUGGAAAGAGUUUACCGCCAAAGCC